AUGCGUUUUCGCCAAGUGCGGCCUGAGCAACUGGCAAAGAUGCUCGAGCAAGGUGUGGAGGACGUCGAGGAGGACAUCUUGACAGUCGAGUGGGCGGUCGCAGAAGGAUCCCCGGGAAAGGCAAUCGGCGCCACUGGCAACGGGGUCGUAUUUGUUGGCGCGGGACUUAGCCUUAGCUGCACGAUUCGGAAGCAGCUGACGGGAUCGCAUGGAACAUUUCUAAGCAUUCGAUAG